AUGGGCGCGACGCCGGUGCGGUGGCCGCGGGUGCUGACUCCGGCGCACCUCGCCGGCGCCAUCCGCCGGCAGAAGGACCCGCACGAGGCCGUUCGGAUCUACGGCAGCGCGCCACGCCGCUACCCGCCCUCCUCCUACCGCCACAACGACGCCGUCCACUCCUCGCUCCUCGCCGCGGCCUCCGGCUCUGCGCUCCUCCCCUCCCUCCUCCGCCGCAUCCUCCCGUCCUCCCCCUCCGCCGACUCCCUUCUCGCCGCAUCCAUCCCCCACCUCCCUCCCGCUUCCGCCGUAUCCAUCUUCCGCUCCUCCCUCCCGUCCUCCCCCGCCCCGUCUUGGUCGCAGUCCUUCUCCGCCCUCCUCCGCCACCUCCUCUCCGACGGUUCGCUUCUCGAAGCUUCCCGUAUCUUUUCGGACUUCGCCGGGCGCCCGGAAGUCUCUGUAGCAUCCGAGGACCUCACUUCCCUGAUCACGGGGCUGUGCCGGGUGCGGCGACCCGACCUCGCUCUGCAGGUGCUUGAUGAAAUGUCCAACCAGUGCCUCACACCAGAGAAGGACGCCUACCGUGCGGUCUUGCCUGCGCUCUGCGAUGCUGGCAUGCUCGAUGAAGCAACUCACGUUCUCUACUCCAUGCUGUGGCGCGUGUCGCAGAGGGGAUGCGACGCAGAUGUGGUGGUGUACCGGGCGUUGCUGGUGGCACUCUGUGCAGCUGGACGAGGUGAGCAGGCAGAGCUAGUGCUGGAUAAAGUACUCAGGAAGGGGUUGAGAUCUUCAGGUAGUCGGCGAUCUCUCCGUGUUCCUAUGCUUGCUGGCCUUAGCCUCGAGGAUGCACAGGAAGUCAUCAAUAAGACAUUGGUUAUUCGAGGCGGACGUACUGUUGCAAGCUUUGAAGUUAUGUUUAUUGACCUCUAUGACGAGGGAAGAUUGAAUGAGGCAGAGAAUUUGUUUGAGGAGAUGGGCAAGAAGGGGUUCAAGCCAACAUUAUGCAUGUAUGAGGCAAAGAUCGCUUCUUUAUGCAGGGAAGGCAGGUUAGAUGAGGCUGUGAAGGUGCUGGAGGAGGAGUUGCCCAAGAACGAUCUUGUUCCGACGGUCGCAACAUAUCACUCGCUAAUGAGGGGUCUUUGCAACAUGAUGCAAUCAACGAGGGCACUCAGAUACCUUGGAAGGAUGGAUAAACAGCUUGGCUGUGUUGCUCGGAAGGAGACUUUCUCAAUCUUGGUCAAUGGUUUGUGUUCAGAAAGCAAGUUUGUGGAUGCAGCACAGGUUAUGGAGAGGAUGGUCAAGGGUCAUCAUCGGCCAGACAGAAGUGAAUUCAACAAUGUUAUUGAGGGUUUAUGUUCUGUUGGCAGAACAUAUGAUGCACUGUUAUGGCUAGAGGAGAUGAUCGAGCAUGGCGAAACACCUGAUGUCCAUGUUUGGUCUUCUUUGGUUUCAACAGCUUUAGGAGGAGCACUUACAACUGCCGCUAAGCAAGAAGAGAGAUUCAGCCAAAUACAUUCUUUAACCACGCCAAAACCACUGGUUUGAGUAUACGGAGUUUUCCUUUUCUGUAUGUAACUAUGGCCGCGUUCGACUGAAGACCUUAACCUACCAUGGCACGAAAAACAUAGUAUUA